AUAGAACAGAUAGGAGGAAGGGAUAAUCCGUUUCCUUGUUAUUUUUCUCCAGAGAAGAGCGAUAAUGGCAGCAGUUUCUACACUACAUUCUUCUAUUUGCAGAACCAAUCCUCUCGGAUAUUCUCUUCCUUCUUCUUCAUCAGUUCCAUUUCUUGGUUUUCGAAGAAGAAAUGGGGUUGCUGCUGCAAGUCUUACCUUUCAAUAUUUCCCAACUACGAAAUCAAUUGGUGCUCAUAGUAGCACCACAAGGAUAAGAGCUGUAGAAGAAGAAACCCUAGUUUCAGAGACUGAGCCAGAAACUGCUUCUACUACAGUAGAAGAAGCUUCUCCCGUUUCUGUUCCUGUCUCUCCUUCUGAUUUGCUCACCAUGUUCUUUCAGGCUGAAGGGACAAUGAGUGAAGCAGAUGUCCCAAAGGUGAUUAGUGCUUUAGAGGAAGUAGAGGGUGUCAGUGAUUUGCAAGUUCGGAUUGUUGAGAGCAUUGCAAGUGUUGAGUUAUCAAAGCAGACAACAGUUCAAGCUACAGGAGUAGCUUCAAACUUAGUAGAAGUCAUUCAAGGAUCUGGAUUCAAGUUACAAACUCUGAAUUUGAGCUUCAAGGAUGAAGAAGAUAAUGUUGAAUAGAAUUUUGUACAAUGUCCUAGUUUAUGUACCUUUUUGAAAUUCUUUUUAUCCCGAACUUUCAACCCUAGAAGUUUGUAUGAACAUUUUGUGUAUUGCCAGGUCUGCAGCUAACUUUUUCUUCUUCCGGCUGACAUUCCGGAUAAUACCGUUACUUUAAACUCUUUGAAGUUACAUGUGACAAAUGUUACAAAA